AUGGCUUUCUUGAUCAAGAGCAUGAUUGGGAACCCCCUGUCAGGAAUUGGUCUUGGUGGUGGAGGUGACAAAGAAGAGGAGGCCACCCCCACAGAUCCAGCCAAAGCAGCAGGGAUGACACGCGAGGAGUAUGAAGAGUACCAAAAACAGGUGGUGGAGGAGAAGAUGGAGAGAGAUGCAGAUUUCUUACACAAGAAGGCAGAGAGGGCAACACUCAGGGUGUGCCUCAGAGAAAAAUACAGGCUGCCAAAGAGCGAGCAGGAUGAGAACAUGAUCGAGAUUGCCGGGGACGACGUGGACGUGCCCGAGGAGCUGCUGAAGAUGGUGGACGAGGACGCCACGGAGGAGGAGGGCAAGGACUCCAUCAUGGGCCAGUUUCAGAACUUGCAGAACAUGGACAUGGACCAGCUGAAGGAGAAGGCCUCGGCCACCGUCACCGAGCUAAAGAGCAAAGCAGAGGAGAAGUGCUCCGUCAUGUGA